AUGACGAACUUCAUGGUGCCUCGGAUCGCUUGUCAGGAUCCAGACGCGCUAUCUUCGGACAAAAAAACCGAGAACCGAUGGAAGUCGUCUCAAUGGAAUAUUGAACUGACUAUCUUUUGGUGUCUGCAGUUUUUUCGCACUAGCGUCCGCAAUUGGGAGACCUGCAACCCCUUGGAGGUGUAUUGCCCGAUCAACGAUGCUUCGUCCAAGCGUCUGGCUUGCACCAACAACGAAAACCCCAAAUGUGAUUGGAUCCCCCAGGGUAUUCGGGGUCAUGUUUUCGAACUGAUGGCCGUGCUUGAAUUUGAGAGAUGGGAAGCAGGAUUGCAAGAUAAUGAGUGCGACUGGCCAUUAGAUUUCAGCGAGACACUUUCCAACGUGGUCAGGAGCCUCUGUGCUGCUUUCGAUGACCUGGUCGAGACAUAUGGCGAGGCUCAUAUGUUGACAGGCGAUGUCUCUGACAAAGCCAAGGCUGGAUAUUUUGCUUGGUGCAAUGCUAGAGAGCGUAUGAUCCGCCCUAAGUCUGAGCAUAGUGAUAAGCUGCAUCAUCGGUAUCCCUCCCGAGCCACAGAGUACCUUCGCCUCCGGAUGGGCGAAGACGCAUCCAUCCGCUGGGCAGUCGCAAUUUGGGCCUUUUAUCACGCUAUCAAGACCUCGGUUAACGACUACGUCAAGACCAAGGGAAGCUUUCUCACUUACGAGCACACCGUCUACAUUGGAAGAGUUUCCUCUGGAGCCCCCCGAGCUUUGAAUCGACUGAGUUGCUUUGCGGAUUCCUUUGCGGUGGGCUUUCAUAAUUGUCUCGCCCGAGGAAUAUCCACGAUUUGA